AUGACCACAAGUGAUACUAUUCUAGUCCUGUGUAAACAAUAUCAUUUCAAGUUGAAAGAGGAACCAGGAUCAGAUGAUCCAUUCAUUCGCCUUAAAGAAAAACUGGAUAGAAAUUUAUCUCCAGAAGAUUCAAAUUAUGCUGCAACUCUUCUGAGUGAAUAUUUUGAACAAGUAGCUGACCAAUAUUCUAUCCCCUUGAAAGAAGAAUUUGAUGAUAUCUACGACUUCAUUAUUAUUGGAAGCGGACCAGGCGGUUCAGUUAUGGCCAACAGAUUGUCGGAAAUUCAGGACUGGAAAAUUCUGCUUUUGGAAGCUGGUGAACAAGAAAGUCCUCUGACUGAUGUGCCUCUACUUGCUAGUGUGUUACAAAGAUCUAAAUAUGAUUGGAAUUAUAAAACUGAACCACAGACGCGAUGUUGUUUGGACGAGCAAGGGUACUGCUCUUAUCCUAGAGGGAAAGCCUUAGGAGGUACAAGUGUAAUAAAUGGAAUGCUGUAUGCCCGAGGAAACAAACAGGAUUAUGAUACAUGGCAGGAUUUGGGAAAUAUAGGAUGGGAUUACAAUAAUGUAUUGGAGUAUUUUAAGAAAUCCGAAGACAUGCGCAUUCAAGAUCUACAGAAUUCACCUUACCAUAGUACUGGUGGGUAUUUGACCAUAGAUUCCAAUAAAUUUGAAACACUAUUGGACGAAGUAUUGAUAGAAGCAGGAAGAGAGUUAGGGUAUGAAGAAAACGAUAAUAACGGUGCCAAUCAAACUGGUAUGAUACGUCCUCAAAGUUUUCUCAGAGAUGGUAGUAGAUGCAGUGCAAAUAAAGCUUUCUUAAAACCUGUUGCUUCCAGAAAGAAUUUGUCAAUUGCCACUGGCGCAUUUGUUAAGAAUAUUUUAAUUGACCCCGUGAAGAAAACGGCGUAUGGUGUCUAUUUCACUAAAAAUGAUAAAAAUUAUACUGUCUAUGUCAGUAAAGAAGUUAUACUUAGCGCAGGUACAUUGAACUCACCAAAAAUCUUAAUGUUAUCUGGCAUAGGACCAAAAGAACAUCUAGAAGACAUAGGAAUACAAGUGAUAAAAGAUUUACCUGUAGGCAAAGGAUUAAGAGAUCAUCUUGGGCUCGAUAUAAGGUUCGAUAUUAAUGGCAUCGGACCACUCACACUUGCUGAUGGAAUGAUAACUGUAGGAUCGUUGAAAACAAAAAAAUAUAACAUUGACCUUCCAGAUAUCGAAAUACUUUUCCAUAUUGCUGGUUUGUACGAUGAUAUAGAUAGACAGAAAAAAAGAGAUUCAUUUUAUGCUACUGUUAUGUUGAUGCAUCCAGAGAGUGAAGGGGAUGUUCAACUAUAUAGUCGAGACCCUACAGAUCACCCAAAAAUUAAUCCAAAUUGCUUUGAAGAAUCUGAGGACCUGGAAACUUUAGUAGAGGGACUGAAAUUGGCAGUGGCCUUUACUCGCACUAAAGCAUUAUCUACCUUCAAUGCAACUUUAUAUCUUCCUCCUGAUGCAGAUUGCGAUCACUUGGAAAAGGAGUCAGAUGCAUAUUUUAGAUGCUUUUUGCGCAAUACUAGAUCUGCAGAUCAUCAGAUAGGUACUUGCCGGAUGGGUCCAGUCAGUGACCCCAAGAGCGUUGUGGAUCCAACUUCUUUGAAACCUCAUGGGAUCCAAGGUCUUAGAGUGGUUGAUGCUUCAGUAAUUCCGAUGCCUCCUACUGGACACACGACUUCAAUAGUUUAUAUGAUUGGUGAAAAAGCUGCAGAUUUUGUCAAAAAAGACUGGAGGUAA